AUCAUCACUUUACUUUCUGUUCAAUGUGUGACCAACAAGUCAUCCGUUCUGAACACGAAGACAAGGCAGAUUAGGAUUAGAUCGAUAAUAGUUUAACAUCAGUACUGAACCACUUCCUGUCGUGUCCUCGGCUCUCAACCUGUUUUCUUUAGGAGGCUGACGCUGCACUCCAAAUAUGAAAUUCAGAACAACUUGUGAAUGAUCACAGUGGAAUCUGGUGAAUAUCUCUCGUGGGUUUCCAGCAGAGUGACAGUAUGGCUGGAACAUCUGUGACAGAUGAUGUGAAACCAAGACAGCGUCGUAGUAGCUUAGACCUCCUGCCACCUAACAUGUCUGAGCUGAGGCUUGUUCUGCUGGGGAACAACUGGUCUGAGAGGAGUUCAGUGGCGAACUUCAUACUUGAAGAGAAUGUUUUCAGCUCACAGAGAGAACCAGACAACUGUGAGAAAGUCAGAGGGAAGUUAAAGAAAGAAUUUGUUCUCAUCAACACCCCCAAUCUGCUUCAUUCCAACACCUCAGACAUGCAAAUGAGAGAACAUGUAGAACACUGUGCAUGUCUCUCUAAGCCUGGACCUCAUGUGUUUCUGCUGGUUCUAGAUUCUGAAGACUUCACUGAGGAACACAGACUGAGACUCUGCACAGUCCUUGAAAUCUUGGGUGAUCAAUCAUUUGCUCGUUCUCUGAUUCUGAUAUCAGGUAAAAACUACAGGAGCCAAAUUCCUUUAAAAGACAUAAUCAGAAAGUGUAGCUACAGAUACCUAAUGAUGGAGAACCUUGAAAUGGAAGAGCUGCUAACACGGCUGCGUCAAACACAAACACAAGUAGAAAUAAUCAUGAAAGAGAAAGAAGAAGAGAACUUAAGGAGAGAACACAAGGAUAUGACAAGAAAAAUCACUGAGCUGAAGGGAGAAAAUGAAAGGGAGAGAAAACUAAGAGCAAAUGAGCAAACCGAAAAAGACAAAUGCAUCAACAAGGAGCGUGAAGAGAGAAAGAGACAGCGAGAGGAAGAUGAAAAGAGAUGGAAAAAACAAAAAGAAACUCUGCGAGAAGAGUGUCGGAAAAAAGUGGAAACGUCAGAGAAAAAAGCCCAUUUAGAGAGAGAACAGAGGGAAGCUGCUGAGAGGAAACUGGAGCAGUGUAGAAAAGAGAUAAAGAAAAGUCAAGACGCCUGGGAUAAAGAAAAAAAGGAAUUGUGGGAACAAAGACAUCAGGACCUAAAACAGCACUUGGAAGUGGAGAAAACCAGAUCAAUAAAGCUGCACGAGGAGUUCUAUCGCAGGAGAAAAACCUGGAUCAGUUCCUGUUUUAUACUCACAUCAUUGUCGCUCUCAUUGUUAUUUUAUAUUUUCCAUCUUAGAGAACAGAAACUGUGAUGUCUGUC